AUGGACACUGGUCGCUCCGAUCACAGCCGCAUCGGGAAGUUCAAGUUUGUGCAUUGGGGCAUUAUUGUGCUGGAACAAGAUAGACCACCCUGUUGCCAUGAAAUAGAAAUCAUGGACUUGUCUGUAGCCUUAGAGUUUGCUUUUAAAUGGAACCAGGGCCAUAUCCCAAACCAUGAAAAACAACCCCAAAUCAUUAUUCCUCCUCCACCAAACUUCACUGUUGGUAUUAUGCAUUCCCCUCUUCAAGAUAAUGCAGAUAUUGAUGUAGAUGGAGGAAAAAACUUGGACAUUUUUGACAUCAACAUAGGUGCAGGACUGGAUCUGUUUGAGGGAGACAUCAUAUUGGCUGAUACAAACCAAAGAAACUCAAUCAUUGGAGAUCAAUAUAGGUGGCCAAUACCUGUUCCAUAUUUUUUAGAGGACAGCUUAGAAAUCAAUGCAAAAGCACUAGUUCUAGAAGCUUUUGAACGUUAUCGACUGAAAACCUGUAUUGAUUUUAAACCAUGGGAAGGUGAACCUAAUUAUAUCUCUGUCUUUAAAGAUAGCGGCUGCUAUUCCUAUGUUGGGAAUUUACGGCAAGGAAAGCAACAACUCUCAUUGGGAACCAACUGUGAUAGAAUAGCUACAAUUCAACACGAGUUCCUUCAUGCUCUGGGAUUCUGGCAUGAACAAUCCCGUGCUGACAGGGAUGACUAUGUCACUAUUGUGUGGGACAGGAUUCUGCCAGGAAGGGAGCACAACUUCAAUGCGUAUGACGAUACACAAUCAGACUCCUUAAACGUGCCAUAUGACUACACUUCUGUCAUGCACUAUGGCAAAACAGCCUUCCAGAAUGGGACGGAACCAACCAUUGUCACCAAGAUUGCUGCUUUCAGUGAUGUGAUUGGACAGCGGAUGGAUUUUAGCGAUUAUGAUCUCGAGAAACUGAAUCAAUUGUACAACUGCUCCUCCAGCAUUACCUUUAUGGACACAUGUACCUUUGAGUACAAUAAUAUCUGUGGCAUGAUACAAGGUACAGGAGAUAAUGGUGACUGGAAUCAUAUUCUUCACAGCGCAGAUGGGCCCAGUAAUGAUCACACUCACCUAGGGAACUGCAAAGACAGCGGUUAUUACAUGCACUUCAGCACCAGUACAGGGAAUGCUGGGGAAAAGGCUCUGCUGGAAAGCAGACUAUUCUAUCCAAAUAGGGGAUUUCAAUGUCUGGAGUUCUUCUAUUACUACAAUGGAAAUGAGAAUGAUGCACUGAAUAUCUGGAUUAGAGAAUACACAGAAGCCUCUCCCAACGGCACUUUGACAUUCAUCACCAGCAUUAAGGGAAAUCCGGCAGAAUAUUGGCAGCUCCAUCAUGUUUCUUUAAAUGUAAAGAACAAAUUUCGUGUUGUGUUUGAGGGAGUUAAAGGAAAUGGACCGAGCAACGGAGGGUUUGCCAUAGAUGAUAUUAACUUGUCGGAAGCUGUCUGGCACAUCAGGAAUUUUACACAGUCCAUACAAGCGAAUGGAAUAAUUUUCAGUCCCCCAUUGUAUUCCAAGGAUGGUUAUGCAUAUCAAGUACAAGUCCUACACAAUGGUCCAGCUGACAAGCCGUAUGAUCUUGGAAUAUAUUUCCAUCUGAUAUCUGGAGCAAAUGAUGAUACACUACAAUGGCCAUGCUCUUUAAGACAGGCAAAAAUGGAGCUUAUGGAUCAGAAUCCGGAUAUCCGAAAGCGCAUGUCAAAUCAGAGAAGCAUCACAACAGAUCCUACACAGGUGUCAAUGUUUAUUUUAGGCAACGGUGGCUUAUUCUGGGACAGACCAGAAAAAGUUGGAACGAGUACCACAUUCCCUAAUGGAACUGAAUACUUCCGUGGGCCUGGAUAUGGAACCUCUGCAUUCAUCAGCCAUGACAGACUUCUCAGCAGAGACUUUUUAAAGGGAGGCGAUGCUUAUUUUCUGCUCUCUGUAGAGGGUAAGUUCAACUGUUUGCAUUUGUUUCCUUGUAGGGUUGUACUUCAUGAAUAGGCUUUUGUUACUGAUAGUUGUCCAAGUACAGACCAAGAAUAUCAUUUCUAUAGAAUAGAAAUCUGCUGUGUUGUACUCCUUUAUAAUGGGAUUCUGGGUUUUGCAACAACAACUUAUUUAUUAAAAUACAGCGCAUGAAAGAACCAUGGCUCUCUGACUAUACAGCUCUGUCUCCUCUCUCUGUGGAGCUGGUCCCGCCUAUGUGCCUCUUUUUCUAUCUAACACAUCCUUCCCUUUUUAACAUUUUAACAUCAACGGUGCUAAUAACAACAUGCAAUUAAUAGUUGUAACUUAGUACAGGUGAUUUGCUAUAAUUAUAAUACUGUAACCAACUGACCAUGUCACUUUAACACUAUUCAACUAGUCUUGAUGGUUUUUUGAUAACACGGCCUUAACGUGUUUGCACACCAUGAGUAAGUGUUUGUGCCUGUUAUUGUCACUUGUAUUUUGUAUAUUAACUGUGGCAUGAUCUGAGUUUCUUGUUCCUUGGAUGGGCGCAGUAUCUCUCAGAAAAGAUUCUAAAGUGUCCAUCUGGUUGUCCUCACUGUUAUCUACUGACACCUGCCUAUUUCCAGUGGCAUCUUUUCCUUGAUUGUCCUCUGGCCAGUAAGCAUCCACUGGUAGAUAAUAGGAUUUUGAAUAUUUUUUUUUGGGUGACGGGUCCCCUUUAAAGAUACACAAUUUUCUGCUUCUCUUAGUGAGAGCAAUCUGCCAAAACCCAUUUGAGGCAUCUAGGAAUGUAAAUAAUUUGGUAUUUGUCGUUUCACCCAG